AUGUCUAAUGCCGAUCAGAAAAAGCAAGAAAUAUUUUCGCCAUCACAAGAAAAAUGGUUACAAAUAUCUGAUAGAUUUUUUGAGCUAUGGAAUAUCCCGAAUUGUGUGGGCGCGAUUGACGGUAAACAUUUUCGAAUAAAAUGUUUACCGAACACAGGAUCAACCUAUUUCAAUUAUAAAGGGUAUUUUUCUAUUGUGCUCAUGGCUUGUGUUGAUGCCGAUGGAUUAUUUACGACGAUAGAUGUUGGUGAAGUAGGAAGAAAUAGUGAUGGUGCUGUAUUUCGAACUUCAAAUCUUAGACGUGCUUUAAAUUUAGACAUAUUACAAUUACCUCCUCCUAGACUUUUACCUUCAAAUAAUAAUGAAAAUAAUUUUCCAUUUUAUUUUGUCGCAGAUGAAGCUUUCCCCCUCACUAAAUAUUUAAUGAGGCCUUAUCCAAAACGAAGUUUGGAUAAUAAAAAAAGGGUGUUUAAUUAUAGACUUUCUAGAAGCCGCAAAAGCGUCGAGUGUGCUUUUGGUAUGAUGGUAUCCAAGUUUCGUUUAUUUGAAGGGCCAAUUUGUUGUAAGAAAGAAACUAUAAAUAAUAUUAGAAAAGCUGCUUGUGUCCUACAUAAUUAUAUUCGUAUCAGACAAGGAAUAUUUUCUCAUCCUAAAAUAUUUGACACACAACAAGAAAAUCGAUAA